UCCUCUGCUCCUCCCCUGUUACAUUCCACUGACUUGCUCAAACUUCCCUGCAAAAUCUCCAAGAUGGAGACUCUGCCUUCUCCUUUCCCCUUGAAGCCCUCCUCACCAAAAACGAAAGUCUUCCUCGUGUUCUUUUCUAUGGUGCUAUGUACAGUGGCCUUAUUUAUUCUGCAGUUAAAGUUUUUUAAACCCAGGCUAAAAGACUUCUAUUCUUUUGAAGUGAAGGAUUCCAAGGGAAGACCGGUUGCUCUGAGCAAGUACAGAGGGAAAGCGUCUCUUGUUGUAAACGUGGCGAGCGGCUGCCAGCACACAGAUGAAAAUUACAGAGCUCUGCAGGAUCUGUACAGAGAGUUUGGGCCUUCCCACUUCACUGUCCUGGCUUUCCCCUGCAACCAAUUUGGAGAAUCUGAGCCCAACUCAAACCGGGAAAUAGAAGCCUUCGCCAAAGGGAACUAUGCAGUGUCAUUCCCAAUAUUCAGCAAAAUCAAGAUUCUAGGGAGUGAAGCUGAACCUGCCUUCCGCUUCCUUGUCGAUUCCACAAAGAAAGAGCCACGAUGGAAUUUUUGGAAGUACCUGGUUAAUCCUCAGGGUGAAGUAGUGAAAAUCUGGAGACCGGAGGAGAGUUUUGACAAUAUAAAGGGCGAUGUGGUCGCAAUGGUCAGAGAAAUUAUCAAGAAGAGAAGGGAGGACCUUUGAAUUUUUGAGCAGUGUGGACUGUGAAGGGGGAAUCUGUGAUGUUUUAUACAGGAGAACUCUAGCCACUUACAAAAACUCAGUUUGUGAUGACGAUCUGCAAGAAGAGGAUGGAUUCCAAAAGCCACCCACCACUUACUGCCCUAUAGGGCACAAUUACUGGAGAGGUCAAGCCAGGAACUGUAAAGCAUUGCCAUCAUUACUGUUGUCUGUCAAACUGAUGAUUCUUUAUUAAAAACAUUAAAAUGUAAGUUCACCGUUUUACAAUUUUUUUUUUUAAAGAUGAACUAACGGCCCACAGACCCCCCAUCCCGUCUCUGUUGUACUUACCUACAUGGGUGAUGAGCUGUCAGUGCCUACACAGUCAGUGCAGCAGUCCAGAGAUUUGAAAUCUCUGUUCUUCUCCCCAUUUCAUUCUGCAGAGCUUCCAGGACAGAUCAGAGUGAUUCUGAUUGGUCAGUGGCGGCACAAAACAUCGCUCUGAUCCAUCCCAGAAGCCCCACAGAAAGAAAAGAGAGAAUAACGAGGACUCUAAUCUCUGGACUGCUGCAUAGGCUGUGUGGGAACUGACAACUGAUUAUUCACAGAGGUAAGUACUGUGGGGAACAGGGGGGUGGGGAGGGUGUAGGGCGUUAGUUCACCUUUUUAUUUUUUCUGAAAAGGUGAACUAUCUUUUUAACUCCUUUUUUCUGACAAAUUUCACAAUAAAAGCAAUAAAAUCAUAAAAUAGUUAAAUGAAA